AAUGUGAAAGCAACACAGCGCCAUCGACGUGCGCCGCUGACAAGCGUGGCCCCCUCCCGUCCUCCGAACUACAGGUCCCGGCAGGCACCGCGGCGCGUGACGUCAUCCCGAUCAGCUGUGAGCCUGGACCGCGGCCCCCCGCUCACGGGCUUCUGGGCAAAAAUGACGCGCUGGUCGGCUGGCGCAUAUCAACACCGAGCUCUCUGAAAGGGAAGACCUGCCGUGCCCGAGCUUGGGUUCGACAUCCCUGCUUCAGAGAAGCCUUCUGGGUGGCGUUGGAGCCUUUUGGAGUGCGGCGAGGUGACGUAAGGCCGGACCGAGAGCUGGGGGCCGGCGGCGAUGUGGCCUGGUUUGUUUUGCGUUGGGGGGGUGCGAGGAGCUGGCUAGGAUGUGCGCCCCUGCCUGAGCCUGUCCCUGGCUUAUUCCUGCCCUGUUCUGCGUUGCUGUCGCCGAUAACAGUAUUUCCUAGCGCCAGCCCAAGAAACACAGCCGUGGGUGAGACGAGAGCGCACACUGGCCGGCCUACAAUGAGCCGAAGAUGUAUCUGAAAAAGUCCGAGAGUCUGGGUGUCUCCUCGCCUUUGAAUGGAAUCGGCAAAAAAGACUGCGACCCGAAGAGGAAGAGGAAGGUGGCGGAGAUAACCCAGGCUCUGAGCGUGACCCCGGUGGACGUGGCCACGCUGCGGCGCAUGGCCAUCAGCGAAGGAGGCCUGCUCACGGACGAGAUCCGCUGCCUAGUCUGGCCCAAGCUGCUGAACGUCCAGACCGAUGACCUUCCUGAAAAACCAGGGGCGGAGCUUCGAGAGAACAACAAAGAUUACCAGCAGGUGCUGCUGGACGUGCGCCGCUCUCUCAGGAGGUUCCCGCCAGGAGCAAGAACUGCGGAUUUUAUGGACCCUACAAUGGACAAUACAAAACACAUUUUAAACUAUCUGAUGCCCAUCAUCGAGAGAGUCAACCCAGAGGUGCACGAUUUCAUGCAGAGGGCAGAGGUAGGUACCAUCUUUGCCCUCAGCUGGCUCAUCACCUGGUUUGGCCAUGUCCUGUCAGACUUCAGGCAUGUGGUGCGGUUGUACGAUUUCUUCCUGGCCUGUCACCCCUUGAUGCCUAUCUAUUUUGCUGCUGUGAUCGUGCUGCACCGGGAGUCGGAGGUCCUGGAGUGCGAGUGUGACAUGGCUUCGGUGCACCACCUGCUGUCCCAGAUCCCGCAGGACCUGCCCUACGAGACGCUGAUCAGCCGCGCCGGAGACCUCUUCGUGCAGUUCCCCCCCUCGGAGCUCGCCCGCGAGGCCACCCAGCAGCACAGCCAGCAGACGGCGGCCUCCACCUUCAAGGACUUCGAGCUGGCCUCGAUUCAGUGGGAGGCUGCCCAGUGUUUGGAAGAGCUCUUCUGUGAGCUUGUGGAGGUGCUCGUGCUGGCUGGAGUGUCCUGGGCUCUUCCCACCAUUCCCCUGGCCCUCAUCCUCGCGGCAGCUGGUUACGGCUGUCCUCGAUGA